GGAGCCGAGCAGCCGUGAAUGGAGCCGAGAGGAGCAAAUACAAAGCAAUGUGGAACUCUCUAAGCAGAACGAGCACUGGCACUGGCAUAUGCGGUGAAGGUAACUACCGCUUCUGGAUACUAUGCGAUUUCAAGUCUCUCAAGCUUCAAUGCUUUUUCGUACCUAUAGUCUCUCCCGUGGGUUCUGUACACGGGAGGUUCGUCAUUUGCCCAAUGACGCUCUUUCAAGUGAGACAGAGAAAAGGUGUCGGGAAACCCUAAGUAAGAUACCUCUUCCCGCAGCAGCUUCUGCUGGUGUAUUAGUGACUUUGUGCAGCACUGAUGGAGUCCCGUCUUUCCUCUACACAUUACGUUCUCCAAACCUCAGGGGACGUCACAAGGGGGAUGUCAGCUUCCCAGGGGGUAAGAGUGAUGCGUCUGACAAAGACAUCAUACAUACAGCAUUGAGAGAGGCUCAGGAAGAACUGGGAGUGACUCUGAUGCCUGGUGUAGUAUGGGGAGCCAUGAAACCAAUUACUGACAGAACAGGGAUGGUAAUAGUUCCCGUUCUUGCAAAUCUUGGACCAUUGGAGACACUGGCGCUUAAUCCUAAUCCUGAGGAGGUGGAGUGCCUCCUCACACUUCCCUUCUCUCAUGCUUGCACAGACUCAUCCCGCGGAUAUACAUGCUUCCGUCAGCGUGGCAGAUAUGCCUAUACACUGCCAGUCUUUCGACUUCCAGGAUACAAGGUUUGGGGACUCACAGCCAUGAUGACUGACUCUGCACUUUCAUUAUUGCUCCCAAACUUGUACAGCAGCAUUGCACACAGCUCUCGGACACAUUGACUUGAACAGUCCAGCACAGCUUUGUGGUCUGGCUGACAAUGAUCUUAUAAAUCUGUUUGUUUUAAAACAAAGCACAUUGUACAAAUAGAGAGAUUUUAAUAAAAACACAAUCACUGAUAUGACCAUUUACAUUAAAGAAAACGUAAACAUGUAAUAAACCAUAAAGUUUGAGUUUAUUAUCAUACUGAGAAUGUCAUGACAAUGCUGAAUAAAGAUUAGCUUGGAUAAAUAGAACACGUUAGGCAGAACAGUAUCCCUAAUAUACUCUCUCAACUCUUUAACUGCUGUCUCUUUGAUGCUUCAAACUGUGUCAUACGCUCUUCCAACUCUGGACGAAAAUGCCGGAUCAAACCCUGCCAGGAACACAAAAAAAUAAGUUAUUAAAUACCUUUAAAAUGCUGAA